GCCUGCGCAGAAGAGACGCGCGCCGGGGCGGCUGGAGCGGUUCCCUCGCAGGCGGCGCCAUUUUGUGCUAGAAGCUGAGAUAAAACCGGCCUGGUUCUGUGAGAAGUGGGCGGCGAAGCCAGGGUCCCUGGAAUGGCGGAGACUCUGUCCAGCCUAGUCGAUUCGGGUGCGGCGGGCGCAGCAGCUCUGAGCUCCGCCUCGUCGGAGACCGGGACGCGACGCCUCAGCGACCUGCGAGUGAUCGACCUGCGGGCGGAGCUGAGGAAACGGAAUCUGGACUCGAGCGGCAACAAGAGCGUUUUGAUGGAGCGGCUGAAAAAGGCCAUCGAAGAUGAAGGUGGUAAUCCUGAUGAAAUUGAAAUUACCUCCGACGGAAACAAGAAAACAUCAAAGAGAUCCAGCAAAGGGCGUAAACCAGAGGAAGAGGGUGUGGAAGAUAACGGGCUGGAGGAGAACUCUGGGGACGGACAGGAGGAUGUUGAAACCAGUCUGGAGAACUUGCAGGACAUUGACAUGAUGGAUAUCAGUGUGCUAGAUGAAGCCGAGAUUGAUAAUGGGAGCGUCGCCGACUGCGUGGAGGACGAAGGUGCUGACAGUCCCCCGGAGUCCCUGUCUGACAGCGGAGAACUGGUGGAGGGGGAGCCGCGCGAGCUGGCGGAGCAGCUUCCGGAGCACGCUGUGGAGGACAGAGAAACCAUAAACAAUUUAGAUACUUCAUCAUCUGACUUCACUAUAUUGCAGGAAAUGGAAGAGCCAUCUCUGGAGCCAGAAAAUGAGAAAAUACUCGACAUUUUGGGGGAAACUUGUAAAUCUGAGCCAGUAAAAGAAGAAGGUUCCGAGCUGGAGCAGCCAUUUGCACAGGAUACAAGUAGCGUGGGGCCAGACAGAAAGCUUGCGGAGGAAGAGGACCUUUUUGACAGCGCUCAUCCGGAGGAGGGUGAUUUAGAUUUGGCCAGCGAGUCAACACACGCUCAGUCGGGCAAGGCAGACACCCCGUUAGCGGUAGUGAAAAGGGAGCCCGCGGAGCAGACGGGCGCUGGCGCUGGCGCGAGCACGGACUGUGAGCCUGUAGGGCUAGAGAAGCCAGUUGAGCAGAGUAGCGCGGCCUCGGAGCCCGCGGAGGCCUCUAGCGAGGAGGCCGCGGAAGCGCCCACGGAAGCCCCAAGCCCAGAAGCCAGAGAUAGCAAAGAAGACGUGAAGAAGUUUGAUUUUGAAGCUUGUAAUGAAGUCCCUCCGGCCACUAAAGAGUCCUCAGCCAGUGAGGGCGCUGAUCAGAAAAUGAGUUCUGUCGAAGAUGACUCGGAUACAAAGAGGCUUCCCAAGGAAGAAAAGGGUCGUAGCAGUUGUGGUCGAAAUUUCUGGGUCAGUGGCCUUUCCUCUACAACCAGAGCUACAGACUUGAAGAACCUUUUCAGCAAGUACGGGAAGGUGGUGGGCGCCAAGGUGGUGACGAACGCCCGGAGCCCUGGCGCUCGCUGUUACGGCUUUGUCACCAUGUCCACGGCAGAGGAGGCCACCAGGUGCAUUAACCACCUGCACAAGACGGAGCUCCACGGGAAGAUGAUCUCAGUGGAGAAGGCCAAGAAUGAGCCCGCUGGGAAGAAAACUUCUGAUAAGCGAGAUGGUGACGGGAAGAAGGAGAAGUCGAGCACCGGUGACAGAUCUGCCAAUCUUAAAAGAGAUGAUAAAGCCGACAGAAAAGACGAUCCUAAAAAGAGUGACGAUGGGAGUGGAGAGAAGAGCAAAGACCAAGACGACGAGAAACCUGGCCCUUCGGAGCGGCUGCGAGCCACCAAGUCAGGAAGUCGAGGGACCGAGCGGACAGUGGUGAUGGACAAGUCUAAAGGUGUGCCCGUCAUCAGCGUGAAGACCUACGGCUCCAAGGAGAGGGUUUCCAAAAGCCAGGAUCGCAAGUCGGCUAGCAGAGAGAAGUGGUCCGUCGUGUCGUUCGAUAAAGUCAGAGAGCCUCGCAAGUCCAGAGACUCGGAGUCCCGCAGGGAGCGAGAGCGCAGCGAGCGGGAGCAGCGGCUGCAGGCACAGUGGGAGCGUGAGGAGCGCGAGCGGCUGGAGUUUGCCCGGGAGAGGCUGGCCUUCCACCGGCACCGGCUGGAGCGCGAGCGCAUGGAGCGGGAGCGGCUGGAGCGGGAGCGCAUGCACGUGGAGCAGGAGCGCAGGCGGGAGCAGGAGCGCAUCCACCGCGACCGGCGGCGCGUGCAGGAGCUGCGCUAUGAGGAGCGGCGGCCCGCGCUGCGGCGGCCCUACGACCUCGACCGGCGGGACGACGCCUACUGGCCUGAAGCCAAGCGGGCCGCUCUGGGUGAGCGCUACCACUCGGACUUCAGCCGCCAGGACCGCUUCCAUGACUUCGACCACAGGGACCGGGGCCGCUACCCUGACCACUCCGUCGACAGGAGAGAAGGGUCCAGGUCGAUGAUGGGAGAAAGAGAGGGACAGCACUACCCUGAGCGCCACGGAGGACCAGAGCGCCACGGCCGGGACUCCCGCGAUGGCUGGGGCGGCUACGGCUCGGACAAGAGGAUGAGCGAAGGCCGGGGGCUCCCUCCUCCCAGACGUGACUGGGGGGACCAUGGCCGAAGGAUCGAGGACGACCGGGCGUGGCAGGGCGCUGCCGACGGCGGCAUGAUGGACAGGGACCACAAACGAUGGCAAGGUGGCGAGCGCAGUAUGUCCGGGCACUCGGGGCCUGGCCACAUGAUGAACCAGGGAGGCAUGUCAGGGAGAGGCAGCGUUGCUCCAGGCGGGGCCUCUCGGGGCCACGUGAUCCCGCACGGUGGAAUGCAAGGGGGCUUUGGAGGACAGAGCCGGGGGAGCAGACCCAGCGACGCCCGCUUCACUCGCCGCUACUGAGCCCUUCGUCCCGUGUCCCCACCACGCAGCAGCAGGGCUGCGUGCUCUUAGGAGUUCGACUGUGUACAAAUAUUUUUUUUUAUCUGCUGCCAUAUUGUAGCUCAAUACAAUGUGAAUUUGUUUUUUGGUUUUGUUUUUGUUUUUGUAAUAAACGUGUUUCCGUUCACAUACCCUUCA